AGGCUGCGGCGGGAGCGGCGCCCGGGUCCGGCGCUGCCUCCACGGCCGCCGACAGCGCCGCUCUCCUUCCCGGCGAGGCUCGGGCGGCGCCCGCGUGGAUGGGAUGGAAGCGGGACCCUCGGGAGCAGCAGCCGCUGCCGGUGCUUACCUGCCUCCCCUGCAGCAGGUGUUUCAAGCUCCCCGCCGGCCCGGGAUAGGAACCGUUGGGAAGCCCAUCAAACUCUUAGCCAAUUACUUUGAGGUGGACAUCCCCAAGAUCGAUGUCUACCACUAUGAAGUUGAUAUCAAGCCCGACAAGUGCCCGCGCAGAGUCAACAGGGAGGUUGUGGAAUACAUGGUCCAACACUUCAAACCUCAGAUCUUUGGAGACCGGAAGCCAGUAUAUGAUGGCAAGAAGAACAUCUACACCGUCACUGCCCUGCCGAUUGGGAAUGAGAGGGUUGACUUUGAGGUGACAAUUCCAGGUGAAGGCAAAGACAGGAUAUUCAAGGUUUCUAUCAAGUGGAUGGCCAUCGUGAGUUGGAGAAUGCUUCAUGAGGCCUUGGUGAGUGGACAGAUCCCCGUUCCUCUGGAAUCUGUCCAGGCCCUUGAUGUUGCCAUGAGGCACUUAGCAUCCAUGAGGUACACCCCAGUGGGCCGUUCUUUCUUCUCACCCCCAGAAGGAUACUAUCAUCCGCUGGGAGGAGGUCGGGAGGUCUGGUUUGGCUUCCACCAGUCUGUCAGGCCUGCUAUGUGGAAGAUGAUGCUCAACAUUGACGUGUCAGCAACUGCCUUUUAUAAGGCCCAGCCUGUCAUAGAGUUCAUGUGUGAAGUCCUCGAUAUCCGGAACAUUGAUGAACAGCCAAAGCCCCUGACUGACUCUCAGAGAGUUCGCUUCACCAAGGAGAUCAAAGGUUUGAAAGUGGAAGUGACACACUGUGGGCAGAUGAAGAGGAAAUACCGUGUGUGUAACGUUACCCGGCGGCCAGCUAGCCACCAAACAUUCCCCCUGCAGUUGGAGAGCGGUCAGACGGUGGAAUGCACAGUUGCACAAUACUUCAAGCAGAAAUACAACCUCCAGCUGAAGUACCCCCAUUUGCCGUGUCUGCAAGUUGGUCAAGAACAGAAACACACAUAUCUGCCUCUGGAGGUAUGUAACAUUGUGGCCGGCCAGCGGUGCAUCAAAAAGUUGACGGACAAUCAGACUUCCACCAUGAUCAAAGCAACAGCAAGGUCCGCUCCAGACAGACAGGAGGAAAUCAGCCGGCUGAUGAAGAAUGCCAGUUAUAACCUGGACCCUUACAUACAGGAGUUUGGCAUUAAAGUGAAGGACGAUAUGACAGAGGUGACGGGACGUGUCUUGCCAGCUCCAAUCUUACAAUAUGGAGGCCGGAACCGUGCCAUCGCCACACCAAACCAAGGGGUCUGGGACAUGAGAGGAAAGCAGUUUUACAAUGGCAUUGAGAUCAAAGUCUGGGCCAUCGCCUGCUUCGCCCCUCAGAAGCAGUGCAGGGAAGAAGUCCUGAAAAACUUCACAGACCAAUUGCGCAAGAUAUCCAAGGAUGCGGGGAUGCCAAUCCAGGGUCAGCCCUGUUUCUGCAAAUAUGCACAAGGCGCAGAUAGUGUGGAGCCCAUGUUCCGGCACCUUAAGAACACCUACUCAGGACUCCAGCUCAUCAUCGUCAUCCUGCCGGGGAAAACACCAGUGUAUGCGGAGGUGAAGCGCGUAGGAGACACGCUCCUUGGUAUGGCCACUCAGUGCGUGCAGGUGAAGAAUGUCGUGAAGACGUCUCCGCAGACCCUGUCCAACCUCUGCCUCAAGAUCAACGUCAAGCUGGGAGGGAUCAACAACAUCUUGGUGCCCCACCAACGCUCUGCUGUCUUUCAACAGCCAGUUAUAUUUCUGGGAGCUGAUGUGACUCAUCCGCCGGCAGGAGAUGGAAAGAAGCCCUCUAUAACAGCCGUGGUGGGAAGCAUGGAUGCCCACCCGAGUCGUUACUGUGCGACGGUGCGGGUCCAGCGCCCCCGGCAAGAAAUCAUCGAGGACCUUUCGUACAUGGUCAGGGAACUCCUCAUCCAGUUCUACAAGUCCACCCGCUUCAAGCCCACCCGCAUCAUAUUCUACCGCGACGGAGUUCCAGAAGGACAGCUCCCUCAGAUCCUUCACUAUGAGCUUUUGGCCAUCCGCGAUGCCUGCAUCAAACUGGAGAAGGACUACCAGCCAGGCAUCACCUACAUUGUUGUACAGAAGCGUCAUCACACCCGCCUUUUCUGUGCUGACAAGAAUGAAAGGAUUGGCAAAAGUGGGAACAUCCCUGCGGGAACAACUGUGGACACAAACAUCACUCAUCCCUUUGAGUUUGAUUUCUACCUGUGCAGUCACGCUGGCAUUCAGGGUACGAGCAGACCGUCUCAUUACUACGUUCUGUGGGACGACAACCGGUUUACAGCAGACGAGCUCCAAAUCCUCACCUACCAGCUUUGCCACACGUACGUCCGCUGCACCCGCUCUGUCUCUAUCCCAGCACCAGCAUAUUAUGCCCGCUUGGUGGCCUUUCGGGCACGAUAUCACCUUGUAGACAAAGAGCAUGACAGCGGAGAAGGCAGUCACAUAUCUGGCCAAAGCAACGGCCGAGACCCUCAGGCCCUUGCCAAGGCCGUGCAGGUUCAUCAGGACACUUUACGUACCAUGUACUUUGCUUGAAAGCCGAAAUUUUUUACCUCACUCCAGAAAGCUUUCAGAUUUGUAGGAGCCAUACAGAA